GCGGCCUUGCUUUCCCUCAGCCCCGCGCUUUCCCUUCAGCCGCCAGGAUGCUACGGGGGCUGGUCAGCCGGGCCGCCCUCUUCUCGGGCCGGGGUCGCCCGAGCCCCCUCCUGGCCGCCCCCGCGCGGGGCCGCAAAUCCCGCACGGACCCUCCCGCCAAAUCCAAGGCCGGCCGGAUCAAAGUGCCGCCGCCCGUCGACCCGGCCGAGCUGCUGGUGGUCACCGGGCGCUACGAGCAGUACCGGCGGGUCAUGCGCGCCCUCAGAGCGGAGUUCAAAGAAGAGGUCCUGUGGCGACACUAUAACGAGAAGUUCGGGGAGGUGUGGAAGCAGAGAAAGGAAGCUAGUGCUGCUGAGCAUCGAGAGUUGAUGGCAUGGAACGAUGAAGAGAACAAGCGUCUGCAAGAACGGAGGGUGGAGCGCCUCAAAAAAGAAGAAAUAGAAAACCAAGAACGCCGGUUGCGAGGAGCUCAAACUCGGGCUGCCCUUAUGGAGGAAUUCUUCAAAGAGAAGGAGAGAGAGGUGCUCCAGUUGCAGGAGGAAGCCAAGAGCUUCAUUACACCUGAAAACCUGGAUCAGCGGAUCGAGGACUGUCUAAACAAUCCACGCAGCUACAAUUUUGCGAUUGAUAAGCAAGGAAGGAUAGCCAAACGGAGUGUCUUGUCUUAGGGACCCUUACUGAAGGAUCUUCAUUUCUGGGAUACUCUCUACCAGAAGGAUAACUGUCCUUUCCAUCCACCCACCAGACUCACUUUGAGCGAACAAAGGAAUUGAGUUUGCUCCAUAGUGUCAAUUGGUCUGCCUUCGGAUAUUCACUUUGAAUGGCAUAUACUUGGGUCUUUGUGCUUCCAGAAGUUUGCAGCUUCUUCUUCUUGAAGGAAUAUUCCUCCAUUUUGAAGGAAUAAAAGAAUGGGUUUUGCUGAGAA